AUGCGCUCCGCUUGCGCAAGACGCCCCAACGCGGCGGCCGCCCCGCCCUGCCCCCUGUCGGGGCGCUUCCCCCAGGCUCCGACGGACGUGGACUCUGAUGAGCGGGCCUGCGCCUACAUCGCCGGCCAGGCCCCCUGCCGCUGGGGCCCCCUCGGCAGCCGCGACCCCCUCCCGCCGCUCGCCGGCCCCAUCGUGCCGCCGCCGGCGCUGCCGCCGCGCGCGGCGGCGGCGGACGUGGCGGCGGCGCGGGAGCGGCGGCGGCGGCACCCGCUGUACGCCUCCAUCAGCCUCGAGCUCCUCAAAGAGGUCAUUAACAGCCGGCUGUUCACCACUGUGCGCGACUCCCUGGGCCUCACCUACGAUGUGUCCUUCGAGGUCAUGAUGUUUGACCGCGUGCGCACAGGCUGGUUCAGCGUCAACGUGACGUCAUACCCGGACAAGAUACACGACGCCCUGGCCGCCAGCCUGGCCGUGCUGCGGGAGCUGCGGGCCUCGCCCGUCACCGCGCGGGAGCUCAUGCGCGCCAAGCGCACGCUCAUCACGCGGCACGAGUCUGACCUGAAGGACAAUGUGUACUGGCUGGGCCUGCUCACACACCUGCAGUCCCCCGGCGUGCCCUACAAGCGCGUGGAGUGCCUGCGUGACCUGCGGGCCAUGUACGAGGCCGCCACAGUGGACGACAUCUACGAGGCAUACGACUGCCUCGCCAUUGGAGAGGACGAGGUGUUCUCGUGCGUCGGCACCAGCGGCAAGGCGCCCCCGCCCGCGCCAGACACCGCGCGCCUCGCGGCGAUCUACGGCCCGGGCCCCGCGCAGCAGGCGGUGCCGCAGGGGCCGCUGCCGGCUGAUGUGGCGGCGGCGGUUGCGGCCGGGCUCAGCAAGCUCUUUGGCGGCCAGCAGGCGGCCGCGGCAGCCGCCGCGGCGGCGGCGCCCGCGGCGGCGCAGCAGCAGGGCGGCGGCGGCGGCGCGGCGAACGGGGCCGCGGCGGCGAACGGGGCGGCGGCUUCGGCGGCGGCGGCGGCGAUCGGGCAGCAGCAGGCGGGCGGGCAGCCGUUGGCGGUGCUGACGGCGAUGCUGGCGGCGGCGCAGAGCGCGAAAAACCUCAAGGCUUUCCAGAGCCAAGAGGGCGCAGCGGCGGCGGCGGCGCAGCAGCAGCAGCAGCAGCAGCAGCAGCAGCAGCAGGACCGGCCUGAGGCGUGA